AGAGAGAGAGAGAGAAGGGUUGUAGUGCUGGAAAUCAUCACAGGGAAUUAAACACUCUCACUAACACACACACACACACACACACUCACCACAGCCGCGACUUUUUCUCGGAGAUGUAACCACGACUUGUGACAUUGCAGUAUUUCAAAGCUGCACUCACUCCACAUUCAUUCAGCAAAAAAAGAAAGAAAACUGCAUCUGAAUUCGAUGAUUGUAUUUCCAGUUGAGGGGACCAGAACAAACGGAAAGCAGUAAUUCACAAGGAUGUCUAGGAUUGUUGCUGAGGUGUUAUUGUCGCCAAUGUGAUGCUUCGGUUGGCGCUGUGGUUGAAAUCGACUCGCACGGGAGCGGAGUUUACAAAGUUAUUUUGUGGUGUUCCAACCCCUUAGUUCCCCAACCCUGUAUUUCAACUUAACGAUCGGGUUGAUGUGAUUUCUAUUUUUUUUAACUACCCUGUUUAAGUUUGGAUUAUUUAUUUAUGUAUUUUGCAUCUGCUGGAUAUCCAAAAAGACACUGGAUUUUUUUUUUUUUAAAAGGGGGCACCCACAGAUUUUUUUUCCAACAAUUGACAGUUUAUUUUUUCAAACACUGCACACAAAUAAAGGCAAGAUGGUCUUUCAGCACACUCGGGUUGCUCUGCCGUUUGCUGUUGCGUUCAUCUGCUCGGCUCUAGGUUCCCGUCCCCGGCAGGAUGACUUCGCCCCUCGGAUCGCGGAGCACCCCUCAGACCUGAUAGUGUCAAAGGGGGAGCCGGCCACGCUGAACUGCAAGGCGGAGGGCAGGCCGCUGCCCAUGGUGGAGUGGUACAAGGACGGGGAGCGCGUGGAGACGGACCGGGACGACCCACGCUCGCACCGCAUGCUGCUGCCCAGCGGCUCGCUCUUCUUCCUGCGCAUUGUCCACGGCCGUCGCAGCAAACCCGACGAGGGCGUCUACGUCUGCGUGGCUCGCAACUACCUGGGGGAGGCCGUCAGUCGCAACGCCUCUCUGGAAGUAGCCAUCCUCCGGGAUGAUUUCCGACAGGCCCCCAGUGAUGUCGUGGUCGCAGCGGGAGAGCCAGCGGUCAUGGAGUGCCUUCCUCCAAGGGGCCACCCAGAGCCAACCAUCUCCUGGAAGAAAAACAACAUCAAAGUCACUGACAAGGAGGAGCGAAUCACGAUCCGCGGUGGGAAGCUGAUGAUCUCAAACACGCGGAAGAGCGACGCUGGGAUGUACGUGUGCGUGGGCACUAACAUGGUGGGGGAGAGAGACAGCGACCCCGCAGAGCUGGUAGUGUUUGAGCGGCCAGUGUUUGUGCGGCGCCCGGUGAACCAGGUGGUCUUGUCGGACGAGACGGUGGACUUCGUGUGCGAGGUUCAGGGGGACCCCACACCCACGGCACGCUGGCGUAAGGAGGAGGGGGAGCUGCCCAGGGGGAGGUUUGAAAUUCGGAGCGACAACAGAUUGCAGAUAACCCAAGUGCAUGCGGAGGAUGAGGGCACAUACACCUGCCUGGCAGAGAACAGCGUGGGCAAAGCAGAGGUGUCGGGCACCCUACAAGUGCAUGUCGGCCCGUUCCUCCCUCCCCAGAUUGUGAUUCGCCCGCGGGACCAAAUCGUGGCUCAUGGGCGGACCGUCACAUUCCUCUGCGGCACCAAGGGAAACCCCCCUCCCGCUGUGUUCUGGCAAAAAGAGGGGAGCCAGAUCCUGUGGUUCCCCAGCCAGCCCCCGGAGCAGUCAGGCCGCUUCUCUGUGUCUCUGAGCGGAGAGCUGACCAUCACUGGAGUCCAGGCUGCUGACUCGGGCUACUACAUGUGCCAGGCCAUCAGCGUGGCGGGCAGCAUCCUGACCAAGGCCCUCCUGGAGGUGGAGAACACCCCAUCAGACCGCAUCCCCCCAAUCAUUCGCCAGGGACCAGCCAAUCAGACGCUUGCUCUGGGCACCAGGGCACAGCUGCAGUGUCAUGUGAUGGGCAACCCCCUGCCCAGCAUCCAAUGGGAGAAGGACGGGCAGAGGAUUCUGGGAAACGACGAGCGCAUCCGCCUGAUGGAGGACGGAACCCUGCAGAUCACAAACCUACAGGUUAGCGAUUCUGGAAUGUUUACCUGCAUCGCGUUGAGCUCCAGUGGGGAGACCAGCUGGAGUGGGAUCCUCACAGUGCAAGAAAGCGGAACCCCAUGGGUACCCCAGCCCUCACAACCAAAUCUGCUCCCCGGCCCUCCUCAGAAGCCAGUGGUUAUGGACGUGACGCGGAACAGCGUGACUCUGACGUGGCAGCCCACCAACCACCAGGGGGGUGCCCUGGUUACCUCUUACAUCAUCGAGGCGUUUAGCCAAUCGGCAGGUAGCACCUGGCAGACGGUGGCGGACUUCGUCAAGCUGGAGAAGCACACGGUCACUGGCCUGUCCCCCGACACCGUCUACCUGUUCAUCGUCCGAGCGGUCAGCAGUUACGGUCUGAGUGACCCCAGCCCCAUCUCCGAGCCCGUCCGCACACAAGACGUGAGCCCGACAGGGCAGGGAGUGGAUCAUCGGCAGGUGCAGAGAGAGCUGGGGGAGGUGGUGGUGCAGCUGCAAGAGCCAGUCGUGCUCACAGCCUCCACCGUACAGCUCACCUGGACUGUGGACCGGCAGUCUCAGUACAUCCAGGGCUACCGGCUGCUGUACCGGCCCAGGGGCAGUGCCUGGCUGCUGCAGGAUGUGAAGGCUGCCCCGGAGCGCAGCAGCGUGCUCACCGACCUGAGGAAGGGCACGGAGUACGAGGUGAAGAUCCGGCCCUAUUUCAAUGAGUUCCAGGGCAUGGACAGCGACGUGCUGCUUGUCCGCACACCUGAGGAAGCUCCCAGUGCCCCGCCCCAAGCUGUUACAGUGGUAACUGUAAAGCUGAGUAACAACACCAGCAUUAGCGUGUCCUGGGAGCCACCCCCUGUGGAGUCACAGAAUGGAAUCAUCCAGGAGUACAAGAUCUGGUGUCUGGGGAAUGACUCGCGGUUCCACAUCAACAAGACCGUGGACGGCACUGUGCACUCCAGCGUGGUGAGGGGGCUGGUGCCGGGGGUCCUGUACCAGGUUGAGGUGGCAGCGGCCACGAGCGGAGGAGUGGGAGCCAGGAGCCAGCCAAUGGCCAUCCUCAUCAAGACCCCCUCCAAUCAGCCCUCUGUCCCGGUGGAGCCGGGUGGGAACGUGAGCCUGGCGGAGCAGAUUACAGAUGUGGUGAAGCAGCCAGCCUUCAUCGCGGGCAUCGGGGGCGCCUGCUGGGUCAUCCUCAUGGGCUUCAGCGUCUGGAUCUACUGCCGGCGCAAGAAGAGGAAGGAGCUCAGCCACUAUACCGCUUCCUUUGCUUACACCCCUGCAGUUGGAUUUCAACAUGGAGAAGGAUCUGGUCUCAUUAAUGGAAGGCCCGGCAUGCUUGGCACCAACAUGGGCAACUAUCCUUGGCUGGCAGAUUCAUGGCCCACAACGAACCUCAUGCACAGCGGGAAGGAGGCUUCUGUCAACUGCUGCACCACCAAGCACGACUCUGCAGAGAGAUAUUAUAACGACGCUGGGAUAUCUGAUUACAUCACCCAGACGGAGAAGUUCGGCUCUGGGUCUAAUGAAGGACCUAUCUACAGCACCAUCGACCCGACCAGCGAUGACCUGCGCACGUUCAACACGCCCUACUCCCAGCACACCACCCCCUACGCCAGCACCCCCGUCAUGCCCUUCGGCGGACAGGGUCCCUUCACCCCUGACCAGGAGGGGGGGCUCUGGAUUGUCCAGCCUGGCCCCUCGGGGGCGCAGUACGCACAGCCGGACCGAACCCGAACUGAGAACGCGGUGAAGCUGGGGAAGCAGAAGUCGAUGGGGAAGCCUGUGAAGACGCCCUCCCUGAACUGGGCUGAGGCCCUGCCCCCCCCGCCCGCCACUGGAGAGCUCGACCCCUUCUCUGAGGAGGAGGAGGAAGAGGAGGGGGAGGAUGAAGAGAUGUGCUCGGAAGGAGAUGACUGGUCCCCCCCGCUGCCCGAGCGCACCUACCUGAUGGAGAACGACUCGGAGGACGUGCCGCCCCCCCCGCCCCGUGGCGAGGCCUCCUCUCCCGCCGCCUCGUACGGACAGCAGUCCACGGCCACACUGACCCCCUCCCCGAGAGAGGAGAGCCGGCCCUCGGAGGACAUCCCCCGCCUGCACCACUUCGACAUGCCACAGCUGCCACGGAGGCUGCCAUGCGGGCCUGUCCCAGUUCCUCGAGCCCCCAGCCCGCCCCUCACCCAGUCCAACCCCAACCUUGCAGCGCUGGAGGCCAGCCCUGACGCCAGCCCGGCGCACAGACCUGGGCAUCGGCGGGAGCCCAGCCAGGGGGCAGCACACAGCGCAGACAACCUCAGCUCAGCCGGACCAGGCCGGGCGCACAACACAUCGAGCGACAGUUGCCACACUCCUCCGGGGCAGAAAUCUCGAGCCAAGAAGAAGUCCUCAAAGACCAGCCAGUACCGGAGAGACAUGAACCAAGGAGCCCUGCCCCCGCCCCCCGAGCCUCCCCCAGGUGAUGAGCUCCCCCAGCCCCUGCCUGUCCCCGGCCUGGACUGCAGCCGGACCUCGCUGGAGAGAGACGGCAGCGCACCCUCCUCCAUGGAGCGGAGACCUGAGCACCUGAACCACCACAGGAAGGCUUCAGCAUCGCGGCACAGAGACGAAAACGACAUCAUCCCUUACAGCAAACCCAACUUCCUGUCCAGGGGUCAGAUGUCCAGCAAUUGUUCCACAACAGGAAGUUCUUCUUCUAGAGGGUCAACAGGGUCACGGGGUCAAGGGGCAGGGAGGAGCCGAACAGUCGCAGAGCGGAACGAGGAAAUGAGAUAAACUGAAGUGGAGGAACACAAAAAAAAAGAAAUAAAAAAUAAGCAGUUUAUAUAUCUCAACAAUCCGGAGAUGGCUCGUAGAUUUUUUGGAAUAUUCCCGUCCUUCCUCCUCAGAAAACAAAAAAAAGAAGAAAAGAAGAAAACUGUACAGGAUUAUUAUCUGCCUUGUUUAAAAAAAAAAAAGUUCUGGACUUUCAAUUUUUUUUUAUUUUUAUUUAUGAUACAUUGCGUGCAUCUGAUUCCUCACAUCCACAUGUAUAUAUAUCAGUCUUUUUGUAAGGUUUCUAUGUGGUUUUCGUGUGCAAAGAGACAAAGAAAGAAUAUAUUGUAUUUAUAAGAAAGAGAAAACUUCAAGGCUUGUCUGAUAUUAUAAAGUUCAUGUUUGAAUGUGCCAAUUUUUCGUAGAAAGUAUGCAUUAAAACGAAAACAAAAAACUGCACUUUGUCGUAACGAACAACGCAAAACGAUAUUAAAAGCACAAACUGUGUUAACCACCCAAUCAGAUUCCACAUACUGAAAGGGAAAAGCCAAUCAAAACUCUCGGAAUUCUGCAGCAGCUGUGUCUAUCCGUCUGUCUGUUAAUCAGAAUCCAAUCAGAACAGCUAAAAGAGGUUGAAGACAUUGACCAUGACUUUUAGUUGAAACUGUUGGCAUUGCAUUUACUACAUUUCUUUUAGUAUUUCUAAGGCUAAAAGGGGGCGGGGGGACUGCUGGGGUCCUGAAGUGAAUUGUCCAAUCAGGACGAAGAGGUGUCACAGAGCAGCUGCAGAGCACAGACGUGUAAAAACACCAAAAUGAUCUGUACUGUCGACUAACUUUUUGGUAGUCGUAUUGUUUUGUAAAAAUAAAAUAAAAUUUUUAAAAAUA